AUGGCUGAGUUCUCUCAGCCACACCCGUAUCUGACAGCCACCAUUGUGCUGAAUGAGCUGAACUGGACAGACGCAUUAGAGGCCGUGUUUAGGAAGAACAAGGAAGAGGAUCCUACUCUACUGUGGCAGGUGUUCGGCAGCGCCACCGGAUUGGCUCGCUACUUCCCAGCAUCCCCUUGGAUGGACUCGCGAAAAACGCCCAAUAAGAUCGACCUCUACGACGUCCGGCGGCGACCGUGGUACAUCCAGGGGGCAGCGUCGCCUAAGGACAUGCUGAUCCUAGUGGAUGCGAGUGGCAGUGUCUCUGGCCUCACCCUGAAGCUAAUCCACACCUCUGUCAGCGAGAUGCUGGAGACCCUGUCUGACGAUGACUACGUCAAUGUGGUCUAUUUCAAUGAUAAAGCGGUGAAGGCGGCGUGCUUUCAGAACCUGGUCCAGGCCAACGUGCGGAACAAGAGGUUCCUGAAGGAUGCUGUGCGGAACAUCUCAGCCAAGGGCAUCACAAACUACAAAGGCGGCUUCGAGUUGGCCUUCGAGCAGCUCUCAUCGUUGAACGUGACCCAGGGCAGGGCGUUGUGUAACAAGAUCAUCAUGCUGUUCACUGACGGAGGAGAGGAGAGGGCCCAGGAGAUCUUCCAGAAGUAUAACGCUGACAAAAAGGUGCGGAUAUUCACGUUCUCAGUCGGCCAACACAACUAUGACAAAGGACCAAUCCAGUGGAUGGCCUGCACCAACAAAGGGUACUAUUAUGAAAUCCCCUCCAUCGGUGCUAUCAGGAUCAACACUCAGGAGUACCUGGAUGUACUGGGAAGGCCCAUGGUCAAAGCAAACAACAAGGCCAAGCAGGUUCAAUGGACCAACGUUUACCAGGACGCACUGGAGCUGGGUCUGGUGAUCACAGGAACACUUCCAGUCUUCAACAAGACCAACACCAAAGCUGACAAAGAGAGGGGACUACAGAGGCCCCAAAACCAGCUGAUUCUGGGAGUGAUGGCUAUCGAUGUGUCUCUGGACGACAUCAAAAGACUAACGCCAAGAUUUACAUUUGGACCAAAUGGCUAUUACUUUGCCAUUGACCCCAACGGUUACGUCUUGCUGCAUCCCAACCUCUGCCCAAAGAAUCCUAAAUUUCAGGAGCCUGUAACUCUGGACUUCCUGGACGCUGAGCUGGAGGAUGAGAUUAAAGUAGAGAUAAGAACGAACAUGAUUAAUGGAGAAACCGGCCACCGCACCGUACACACACUAGUGAAGUCCCAGGAUGAGCGGUACAUAGACCGAAGCGAAAGAUUGUACACAUAUGCCCCUGUAAAGGGUACAGAUUACAGUCUAGCCUUGGUCCUUCCAGUGUACAGCCUGCAUUACAUCCACACUACUAUCGGAGACACCAUCACCCAGGCCAAAUUCUCUGAAAGCCUGCAGGAAGACAAGUUUGAGGAGUAUGGAUACACUCUCAUUGCACCAAGGGAGUAUUGUAAGGAUCUGAAGCCGUCUAAAAACAACACAGAGUUCCUGAUGGACUUCAACGAGUACAUCGACAGGAAGACUCCCAACAACCCACUGUGCAACGUGGAUCUGGUGAACAGAUUGUUGCUGGACGCUGGGAUCACGUCAGACCUCGUCAAGCAGUGGAGAGAUCAGAUGCCAAAUGGAGUCCUGGCCAGGUUUGUGGCCACUGAUGGAGGAAUCACUCGCAUUUAUCCCAAGAGUGCUGGACUAGACUGGACAGAGGACCCAGAGACGUACGAGUCUAGCUUCUAUAAGAGAAGUCUGGACAAUGACAUCUACAUCUUCACACCAACACCCUACCAGGAGGACACCAACAUGACUGAGGACUCAGUCCUGGUGAGCAGAGCAGUGAACCUGGACAUUGAUGGAGUCAGACUCAAACCAGCAGUUGUGGGAGUGAAACUGGACAUCAGUACCUGGAUGACCAACUUCAUCAAUGCUACUCUGAAGAUGAACUGUAAGGACGAGAUCUGUGGUUGUCAGAGGAAUGAUGAGCAUGUGGACUGUGUCAUCCUGGAUGAUGGGGGAUUCCUAGUUAUGGCCAAUCGGGAUGAAUACAUCGGUCAGAUCGGCCAGUUCUUCGGGAUGAUCGACCCUAUCCUCAUGGUCAAUCUGGUCAACAUGUCUCUGUUCACGCUCAACAAGACAUACGACUACCAGUCGGUCUGCGACCCCAAGAGGGAGAGCAAGGGGUCCGCGGCGGGCCUGCGCUCAGUCUACGUGCCCACCAUAGCAGACAUUUUGAACGUUGGAUGGUUAGCAUCAGCAGCAGCCUGGUCGAUACUACAACAGUUGUUGGUCAGCAUAGCGUUCCCUAAUUUCCUGCACGCAGCGGACACUGAUGAGGAAAUACCUGACAUGUCCAAGGAGAGCUGUAUCACGGAGCAGACUCAAUACUUCUAUGACAAUGAGGAAAAGUCCUUCAGAGGAACGCUAGACUGUGAAAACUGCUCCAGGAUGUUCCAUGCUGAGAAGCUGUGGAAGACCAACCUGGUGUUCGUCAUCGCCGACGCCAAGCUCACCUGCAUGUCAUGUGACCACAAGCCCUUAAUACAGGCGGAGCAGCCUUCUGGGGGACCAGACCCAUGUGAAAUGGCUGAGAAACCAAGGUUCCGAAAAGGUCCAGAUGCCUGUUUCGACAACAACGAGAGGGAGGAGGACUUUGACUGUGGCGGGGCGUCGGCUCUGAGCCCGUCCCUAUUGGCCAUGGUGGCGCUGCAGCUGGCCCUGCUCUGGCUCCUGGCUGGCUCAACUCACCACGCCGUCCCCUCGUGACCUCUGAAGACCUCGGUUGCAACCGGCAAGCAACGCCGCCUCAAAACGACGAACGCUAAAACAAAAAAACAUCUGAAACCACUUCCUGACAGAUCUUCUUUUGGGAUAUUUGCGUUUUUCAAGGGUUUCGUUACAUUUCUUCACCCAGGGGUGGGAGAAAGUGAGGAAAGUUAACGUCGGUGGGAUGUAAAAAAAAAUUCUAAGCGAGAACUUUCAUCCCAGACCCCUGACUUUUCCCCUCCAGCCAUCUGAGCUUCCAGCCAUCUGAGCUUAGGGAGAUCGAGGUGAUUGAGUGGUGAACUUUGACCUUUGUUUGGCUCGACGAUGACAACCCUGCGAAUGCUACAGGUUGGACUGCCUUACAGUGCCAGGGGGAAAGUGAAAGGACUGCCUCUUCCUUUUGGGUUCCUUUUAGGUUUUUGUGAUGUUCUAAAAGAGAUCCCCGUUGAUUUUUAUUCAACACUGCCAGAAACAGUGCUGCCCUUCGCAACCGUCCCGUUGUGUUUGUCACAAAGUUAUUUAUUUCAAAGCGUUUUGCAGUGGCUUGUUACUCAGAAUUGAAAUGUGUGUUUGUUUUGUUCAAGUUGCAAUAAGUUGUUUAAUAGGAAGUCAGAAAUCAGAAUGUUUUUUAUUUUACACUGGGGUGCUGUUGGCAUUAUUCUGUUUGUUUCAAGUCCCAUUUAAAAGUAGCAACACAUUUACAUUGACGCUGCUGUCCUUGUAUAGAUGUGGUGUAUGACCAUCAUAUUCAUUCACAUACAUGUGGUCACAUAUGAACCCUUUUGCCCCCACCCUGUUUGAACUGAUGGAUCCCUUUCUGUUUGCGGUCAACCACUUGUCCCUCAACCUUGACCACAAAUGGUCAAUGUCGGGUCCUACCAUCUUGGUAUCUGGUCCCUCUGAACUAACUAUUAUUGCCAAAGUGCAGUUGACCAAUCAGGGCACCCCGGCUGGCCUCUAGUGCGCUCAUUGGUCUAAUCUCUAGUGCCAUGUUGAUUCUUAGUCAGACAAACCCUUUAGCUUUAUUUAUUUGACUGUGUGGCUACUGACCUGAAGGAAACUUGAUGUGUUUGGUAUUCAUUUGAAUAUUUAAGUUUGUUUUUGUUUUUUAUUAGGAUGAAGGGCAUAGCUGCAUGCUACUGUGUUAUGUUGGCUUUAAUGCCAUUAUUUUUUGAUUGAUUUCAAUGCGUCAAUGCAAUGGAUAUAAAAUGAAGAGAAAGAGUAGGAGGGAUGUAGGAAAUGUAGACUUUGGUACAUGACAGUUUAUUUGUGCUUGCUUAUGUAUCACUUCUUGAUUUGAGUAUCGUUGAAUACGUGACUUGCAACUACAAGAAUCUGUCUUUCUCACAAUGUUCUGCCCGCUAUUGAAGAGAACAUUUCCCCAAAUCAAAAACAAUUGCACCUCGUUGCAAAGUGAAUUAAAACGGAAAUUGCUUUAAGACCUAUUGAGAAUGUCUAUCAAUACAAUACAAUAUAAAUUCAUUCAUGUCAGUGUGGAUAUCAGUCCUACUUUCUUAGUUUUUGUGUGCCUUGUGGUUCUGGUACUUUAAUAACUUUAUGAAUUAGGGAUUCAAGACAGAUUGACAAUAGGAUACUGUCUUUCUGAGUGUACUAUACUAUGCUAUACACCUGUUAACUCAAUUCUCCACAAGAACAGCCACCAAAAUACUACAUAAGAAAUAACAGAAAUGUGCCUCAUUUUAUUCAGGACCAAAUCUGGACCCGUCAAUCAUCCUAGCCAAAUGAUUAUGCAGUGGAAUAACUUUGAGUGGAAGAGACAUAAGGUUAAGUUUCUUUAUUCAAUGUUGUAGAAAAACGGUUUUAUUAAAAAACGGUUUUAUUAUCAUGUCAGAAUAUUAACAAUUCCUCUCUAAAUGUAUUGUAUUCGUUUCAUUUUUGAACAUGGUUCAAAAGAGGGACAUGGUAGAUAUGCUGUGCUUUAAAAAAAAAAAAAACGUUUUUUCUUUGAUGCAAUUCAGCUAGUUGGACUGGGACGUGAUCUGAUGGUCGAUUAGUGUUACUGAUCUGUUGUAGAGCAAAUAUACAGGAGUUCCUGGCACUGAAUUCACCUCUUAAGCACUAAAAAAGAUCAUUUCAGACAAUCGAUUCGAUAACAAUUGACAAUCAUAGUUUCCGAUAACUUGCUUAAGAGUAGUAUUAGUAAUACUUCAUUGAAUUAAUUGCUGUAAAUGAAAAUGCAAACAACUGCCAAAACAGGGACUUUAAAGGAGCCUUGGGGUAAUGUCAGAAACAUUCACGCAGUGUUUCCUUUGAAAACAGGGACUUUAAAGGAGCCUUGGGGUAAUGUCAGAAACAUUCACGCAGUGUUUCCUUUGAAAACAGGGACUUUAAAGGAGCCUUGGGGUAAUGUCAGAAACAUUCACGCAGUGUUUCCUUUGAAAACAGGGACUUUAAAGGAGCCUUGGGGUAAUGUCAGAAACAUUCACGCAGUGUUUCCUUUGAAAACAGAGGCAUAUGGACUCAGGAAACCACAUAGGCAAUUCAGUGUAGAGUUGGGAAACUACAUGAUUACGCUGUGUGGUCUCUAGUGCCAUUCAAAUACUUCUCCCACACCUCAUUAUCAUUGCUUAAAUUAUAAUUACAAAGCGUUCUUACGUCAUCCAGAAUAAAAUCCUUCUGGGCUUUUUUCAUUUCUCUGAAACACUGAAGAGGAAGGGGACUUUUGUUAUGAUCCCAGUCUUAAGCUAUGAUUAUUUGCCAAUAUGUUAUGUGGCGAAACUCAAGCACCAUCACCAAAGGCGGACUGCUGUCAUGUCCGAAACUAUACGAGUGGUCUGAGGUGACAUUUAGGGUCCCGUAAUGGUUGUUUCAAUGUUCUGUGGGGAAACUAACUAACAUACUGGUAUUUAAGACCCUCAAUAUCUAAGAACAUUCAAGAAUACCAAGUGCCAUAGGACUCUCUUUCUCUGUUUACCGGGAAACCUAUUACUAACGUUUAUGCAACGUUUAGGAUUGAAUAAAUGCAAAUCUCAUCUAUUUUCCCUGUGUUGCAUGAUAAUGCCAUGAUACUGUAUCAGUGGCAGGCAAUGAGAUAAAGUACACUCUAUCUUCUCCUGCUUUGGUGUGUAACGUUGGGAUGGGAAGCAUAAUACCGUGGGUUUGUUGGGUGUUUGUUUAUGAUAUGAUAACGAUACAGCUUCUACUGCCUUUCUCUUGAGGAGACAGCAUUUGGUACCGCCCUGGUCUGACUGAGCGCAGUGGCCUAGCGGUUAGAGCGUUGGGCCAGUAACCGAGAUGUCACUGGUUCGAAUGCAUGAGCCUACAAGGUGAAAAAUCGGUCAAUUUGCCCUUGAGCAAGGCACUUAACCCUAAUUUGCUCCAGGGGCGCUGUACUACUAUGGCUGACCCUGUAAAACAGCACAAUUCACUGCACCUCUCCGGUGUAUGUAACAAUACAUAUCUUUUCCUCUGUCACAGGUUGUCACAUUCAAGACCAGACUAGACCCUUGGGAAAUGGUGUCUGGUUAUUUCAUGCCACUCUAAGGGCUAAAAUCAGAUGCUGUCACCUCAGGAAUAACAUAUUAGCAGAGUGAUUGGAAGUGUUUUUCGAUGCUGUGGUGCUCUCUGUGUGGAUUGUGUGGGUUAUGCUUUUUCUGGACUCUUUUUUUUCUCAAGAACGCUCGGUGUGUUUUAAGGGGAGUGUCCCAUGCCUGCCACACUAUGUCAGGCUAUUGGUGGGACCGCCCUCCAAUCUUUCUCUGCCAGCGUUUUCAUGGCAGACCAUUGGUGGACCUGUCCACUAAUCUCCCCUUGUCAGCCUCCCUUUUGACAGGCUAUUGGUGGGCCUCCCCGUCAAUCUCCCUUGAUUGUGCUUUUAAGAUGUUACACUUUUGUGGAACUUGAUUCGCCUGAAUCAGUCAUGUAUAAAUUUGUACGAUACUGUUAUUAUUCUCCGACGAAAGAAAGAAAAUAGUAAUGUUUAUAAUCCUGGAAAAUGCUUAUUCAUGUGCAAAUACAGUAUAUUCAGAAUAAAACUUUCUCAUUAGCUAUUGAA